GUUAGUUUGUAACGUCAACCAUUUUUUUUUUGCAAUCCAUCGUAGGAGUUUUAAUAUUAUUUUAUUCAACCAAAGUAGUAAAAUUAUGGAAGUGCUUUUAAAUGAAGAACUCUCAUCUGAAGCGAAAAAAGAUCUGCGACAUGCAUAUCUGCGGGAAUGUGGUAUAACUGGCAAACUUAACGAAAUAUUCAACAAAUUAUUGCAAGCGAAGGUGAAGCCAGAAAAUCCUUUGGACUUCAUACGGGAGGAAUUGGGUGAUAAGCCCAUACCGGAUGAAAUUAUUGAAAAUAUGGAGCACGAGUUGGACGACGCGCAUCGUGAGAUUCGACGCUUACGUGGAAUACUAAAAGAGCUUGGAAUUGACAAUGUGGACGAACAAUUGCAAGAUAUUGAUGCGGGGCCAGAUGAGUUUGAAAAUGCGACGAACGAGUUCAACAAUGCGUUGAACGCUGCAGUUGAUAGUGAGGAGCAAAUGGGCGGACAACAGAAUCAACACAUAAGCUAAGUUUAAACAAAUUCACUUCAAUUCAAAAUGGCUUAUUUGAAUAUUGGUAAAUAAAAAUAAUGUACAAAUGAUGAUGUCUGAAAGGAAAUAAAUAAUUGAUUGAACAAGAACAAUAAUAAA